UGAUGUAUCCACCUAUAAAGAUGACAGAGUAUCUUAGGCAGGGCCCUGCAUCUGUUGCAAGUAGUAGAAGCUCUCCUUACCUGUGGGUUCCAGCAGAGUGUCACCAGGGACCUAAGAACCAACUUCUCCUGCUGUUUCCUGAGCCCUGUUCUUCUUUGCCAUCAGCUCCCCACUGCUCAAUGGCAGCACUCACGGACCUCUCUUUUAUGUAUCGCUGGUUCAAGAAUUGCAAUCUUGUUCGCAACCUCUCAGAGAAGUAUGUCUUCAUCACCGGCUGUGACUCGGGCUUUGGGAACCAGUUGGCCAGACAGCUGGUUGAUCGGGGUAUGCGAGUGCUGGCUGCUUGCCUCACUGAGGAGGGAGCCCAGAAACUUCAACAGGAUACCUCCUACCAACUGCAGACCAUCCUACUGGAUGUCACCAAGACUGAGAGCAUCAAGGCAGCAGCCCAGUGGGUGAGGGACCAAGUGGGCGAGCAAGGCCUCUGGGCACUGGUGAAUAAUGCUGGUGUGGGCCUGCCCAGUGGUCCCAACGAAUGGCUGACCAAGGAAGACUUUGUGAAGGUGAUCAAUGUGAACCUGGUGGGACUGAUCGACGUGACCCUCCACAUGCUGCCUAUGGUCAAGAAAGCCCGGGGCAGGGUGGUCAACAUGUCCAGCUCUGGUGGUCGUGUGGCAGUCAUUGGUGGUGGUUACUGUGUCUCCAAGUUUGGGGUUGAGGCCUUCUCUGACAGCAUCAGGCGUGAACUCCAUUACUUUGGGGUGAAGGUCAGCAUCAUUGAGCCAGGGAACUACCGGACAUCCAUUCUGGGAAAGGAGGGUUUAGAGACACGCAUGCAAAAGCUGUGGGAACGGCUUCCUCCAGAGACCCGGGAUAGCUACGGAGAAGAAUACUUCCGCAUCUAUACCAACAAGUUGAAAAACACGAUGCAGCUGGCAGAGCCAAGAAUCAAGGAUGUCACCAACAGCAUGGAGCACGCCAUCGUUUCCCGGAGCCCCCGCGUCCGCUACAACCCCGGCCUGGAUGCCAAACUCCUCUACCUCCCCCUGGCUAAGUUUCCCACCCCUGUGACAGAUUUCAUCCUGAGCCGGUACUUUCCAAGGCCAGCUGACAGUGUUUGAGCUGGGGAGGCUCAGAAGGUGGCCUAAAGGAGGGGGUGGGAUAAAGAGCUGUGAGGUCACAGGCGGUGAUAUCAGACAUCCUGGGGGAAUCAUCGACUAUGGACACCUUGCUAGGUUGACACUCACUGCUGGCAAAUCUACCAGUGACUUCCAACAGAAGAUGACUGCCUCUUUCCAAUCACUGGGGGCCCCAGCCACUUGAGGUGGCCUUUAGAGACCUACAGCAUGACCUCAAGGGUAUGCGUCACCCAGGCAGGAGACAAGUUUUUCUAGAUCUGAAAAAAUCAAGCAGGGAAAAACUGGCUCCUGCUGAAUCACAAACCGUCACUGCCUCCGGGAAAUACCAUGGGAUAAUCUAACCCGUGGGGGAAUCUCAGCCACCUUCCUGUGGUCUCUGACUCUGUGCUAGCCUUAUCCACAUAACCCAUUACUGACGGGUACAGUAGGGCAGCCAGGAAGUGUGGAAGUAUAUCCUAUAAAAGUUUAAAAUAGUUUUUUUUCUCUAAAUUUCUCUAUUGGUAGGUGAUUGGGAUACACAUGAAAUAACAUUCAUGUAUUUAAUAGCCAUUGAUUAAUUCUUCAAAUAUUUAUUGAGUUCCUACUACAUACCAGGCACUGGUAUGUGAAGAUGCUGGGGAGGGGACUAUGAAAAUGAUGAAAUCAUGGUCUUGGUUUUUUAUUGUCUAUUUUGUGUUUUGUUUCAGCAUGAUGUCUUGUAGCAGAGACCAGAAAGUGAGAGAAAGAACAGAAAUCAGAAACCAAAUAUUUAUAGGAACCCUGGGGAUCAUUGUGCUGUUCAAACUUGGCUGUACGUGAUAAUUACCCAAUUAUUCCUGGGCUCCAAUGUCAGAAAAUAUGAUCCAGAAGACUCAGGAAAGGGCUCAGAAAUAUAUCUGUAGCAAGGACCUAGAUGAUUCUGAGACACUUGGGAGGCAGUGGUGGUUCCUUAGGAAGGUAACUCGUGCUCAGACGGGGAAAUGAUUUCCCAAGUCCCCUAACCUAGUGCUAAGACAGAAAUAAAACUCAGAUUCAGAUUCCCAGUUCAGGGAUUUAUUUAUUUUUAUUUUUAGUUACAAUAGAAUCAAUCUCUGAAAUUAGCAUCAUCAUCAUCAUCAAAUAAGUAAUGUAACUAAACUUUUUUAAAAAAGCCUUUAACUGCUGAGUCAUAUGAAGGUGUGUUGAAAAGCCUUUUCUGAAUUUGAUGAAUGGUCAGAUAAUAAAGGUCAAAUGAGAUAUUUUAUUUUUAAAAAGUCUUCAACUUGUGUCUCUGCAACAUCUGACUGAACUUGAAAAUAAUAAAGUGUGACUUAAUUAUA